AUGGGCCCUGCUGAUAAGGUGAAGAAAGUGACCCGAGGGGGCAAACUUACGGACUGGACAUGCUUUAGCAAAAUAACAAAACAGCGGGACCUGAAGGCUGGCUUCCCAAGCGUCCUCAAGGCCUUAGUGGCCGUGAACCCAAAGGUGCGGGAACAAGUGGGGCUGGAGCUGAGCUUCGUCAACUCAGACCUGCAGAUGCUCAAGGAAGAGCUGGAGGGGCUGAACAUCUCGGUGGGCGUCUAUCAGAACACAGAGGAGGCAUUUACAGUUCCCCUGAUUCCUCUUGGCCUGAAGGAAACGAAAGACGUCGACUUUUCAGUCAUCCUCAAGGAUUUUAUCCUGGAACAUUACAGUGAAGAUGGCUAUUUAUAUGAAGAUGAAAUCACAGAUCUUAUGGAUCCGAGACAAGCUUGUCGGACGCCCAGCCCGGAUGAGGCCAGGGUGGAACUGCUGAUGACAUACUUCAUGCAGCUGGGCUUUGUUGAGCAUUGAUUCUUCCCACCCACGCGGCAGAUGGGACUCCUGUUCACCUGGUAUGACUCCCUCACUGGGGUUCUGGUCAGCCAGCAGAACCUGCUGCUGGAGAAGGCCAGUGUCCUGUUCAACACUGGGGCCCUCUACACCCAGAUUGGGACCCGGAGCUAUUGGCAGACGCAGGCUGGGCUGCAGAGUGCCAUAGAUGCCUUUCAGAGAGCUGCAGGGGUUUUAAACUACCUGAAAGAGACAUUUACCCAUACUCCAAGUUAUGACAUGAGCCCUGCCAUGCUCAGCGUGCUUGUCAAAAUGAUGCUUGCAGAAGCCCAAGAAAGCGUGUUUGAGAAAAUCAGCCUUCCUGGGAUCCGGAAUGAAUUCUUCAUGCUGGUGAAGGUGGCUCAGGAGGCUGCCAAGGUGGGAGAGGUCUACCAACAGCUGCACACAGCCAUGAGCCAGGCGCCGGUGAAAGAGAACAUCCCCUACUCCUGGGCCAGCUUGGCCUGCGUGAAGGCCCACCACUACGCGGCCCUGGCCCACUACUUCACUGCCAUCCUCCUCAUCGACCACCAGGUGAAGCCAGGCACGGAUCUGGACCACCAGGAGAAGUGCCUGUCCCAGCUCUACGACCACAUGCCAGAGGGGCUGACACCCUUGACCACACUGAAGAAUGAUCAGCAGCGCCGACAGCUGGGGAAGUCCCACCUGCGCAGAGCCAUGGCUCAUCAUGAGGAGUCAGUGCGGGAGGCCAGCCUCUGCAAGAAGCUGCGGAGCAUUGAGGUGCUACAGAAGGUGCUGUGUGUGGCACAGGAAUGCUCCCGGCUCACGUACGCCCAGCACCAGGAGGAUGAUGACCUGCUGAACCUGAUCCACGCCCCCAGUGUUGCUGCUAAAACUGAGCAAGAGGUUGACAUUAUAUUACCCCAGUUCUCCAAGCUGACAGUCAUGGACUUCUUCUAGAAGCUGGGCCCCUUAUCUGUGCUUUUGGCUAACAAGCAGUGGAUGCCUCCUCGAAGCAUCCGCUUCACUGCAGAAGAAGGGGACUUGGGGUUCACCUUAAGAUGGAAUGCCCCCGUUGAGGUUCACUUCCUGGAUCCUUACUGCUCUGCCUCGGUGGCAGGAGCCCGGGAAGGAGAUUAUAUUGUCUCCAUUCAGCUUGUGGAUUGUAAGUGGCUGACGGUGAGUGAGGUUAUGAAGCUGCUGAAGAGCUUUGGUGAGGACGAGAUCGAGAUGAAAGUUGUGAGCCUCCUGGACUCCACAUCAUCCAUGCAUAAUAAGAGUGCCACAUACUCCGUGGGAAUGCAGAAAACGUACUCCAUGAUCUGCUUAGCCAUUGAUGAUGAUGACAAAACUGAUAAAACCCAGAAAAUCUCCAAGAAGCUUUCCUUCCUGAGUUGGGGCACCAAAAAGAACAGACAGAAGUCAGCCAGCACCUUGUGCCUCCCAUCGGUCGGGGCUGCACGGCCUCAGGUCAAGAAGAAGCUGCCCUCCCCUUUCAGCCUUCUCAACUCAGACAGUUCUUCAUACUAAUAUGAGGAAGCCAAGACCCAGUGGUUGAAGUACCUUGCCCAGAGCACACAGUCUUGACAGGCAGUGGAAGCAGAACAGAACCAAGCUGGUUUGGUACCAGUCUGUGAGUUUUCAGCUGUGUGCACUAGUAUAAAAGAUGUGCUUGUGACUUCUGUGGCUUACCUCCCUGCAUAGAGCUCAAGGCCUGAAGGUGCUGCACGGGGCAGUAAAGGAUGGCUGUGCACUUUGAAGACUGAAAAGUGAGUGAACGGGGUGUAUUAGUCCAUUCUCACACUGCUAAUAAAGACAUACCCGAGACUGGGUAAUUUAUAAAGG